GCCCCCAAAUGUCCAACCCAUUCCCAUCACAGCCAGUCAACUGGUGCUAUACUAUGCCUACUCAAGUAGUAUUCACCAAGGUGCUCCGUGUAAUCUGCUCUAGCCUCGUCACCUCCAUCCUGGCAUGGACGGGUGCUCAACUCGCAGCACAGGCAUUAGCCCAUAUGCUAAAGCAGGUCCUACAUGUGCUAAUCGCAGCACACAUCAAGCUGUCUGUACUCUUCCAAGCUCAAUGUCAUCUUGAAUAGGUAUGUACCAUGGGCC